CUACAUCUUCAUCGACACCUACUGGUCAUGUCUGUUGUAGUUUCAUCAUCUUCGGGAUCUACACCUCAUCAAGCAAAAGUUGGAGUACCCCCUCUCAAUCUUCAUCAAAUUAAUAGUGUAAGGCUCUCUAUACCAUCCCCCGCACAAACUCCAACCUCUUCUUCUGAUACCUUCAAUACGUUAAGCGAGCAAUCCAAUCAAACCUUCUCCCAACAAGAUGCUUCAAUUGGUCCCACUGAAGAACUGUGUAAGGAAAAUGUUCAACCAACCACUGUGCCUAAUAGGCCUGUUUUUAAGGAACGACCAUACUUGAAAGAAAAGAAACAGAGAACAAUAGGUGUGAGGGACAAAAUGGCACUUUUCGAUUUGUACCCACCCUCAUUGACGGAUGUCGAUAGGAAAAUAGUUAGCGAAGACAUGAUUAACAUUUCUAGACCAAUCAAUACACAAAAAUUCCUUCUAAAACGAUUUCCAAUGUUGAGACACAAUCCUGAAAAAGAUAAGAAUGCAAAGGGAGGAGGUUUUGUAGAAAGGCCUCCUCUCUCUCCCACUGUCAGAAGUGAGCAACAAGUUUACAAUCAACAAGUUUUUACCACAACUGUGGACCCAUCUGCAGGAUUGGAUGUCUUGCCAAAAAGUGUACAAGCACCUUUUGCCAAAGAGCUUGGAGCUCUCAGUUCCAAGCUCCAUAUACCCCAGUUACCUCUUGAUACACUAGACAUGUUAACAACAGAUGCAUUUGGAAAUAGUUUGAACAGUGUAAGGGUAAAUUGGGUAAAAAGUGAAGAAGAUCUCACACGAUCAGUAACCUUAACUUCCAGAUCUGACGCUGUUUUUGCAAGAUCAUCUUUCAACAGAGUUGCUAGUGCUGGUGCUACCAGGAGAUAUAGUGGUCUUAAAAAUAUUCCUAGCUCCAAAUCUCUUCCAUCAACAGCAAGGAAGAAGAUAAGAAACUUUAUGGAGGAAGCUUCUAAUAGUUUUAGCUCCAAGCUGGAUGACAAUAUGUCCUCAAAAUUUCAUACAAUAUCUUUAAAUGAUGAAAAGGAUGAGGAUAAUGAUUUCAAUCCUAAUUCUGAAACUGAACAAUUAAUUUAUGACUCAUUAAGGACUUCCUACUAUUUGAAUCUGAAGGAAGAAAAGGCAAAAAGAAAAGGCCAAGAAACAAUAACUAUUGAGGAGCACGUUAAGGUGACUAAUGAUAUUAUAUUCAAAGUUACAUCAGCUUUUAAAGAAAAAGUUAAAAAGAUUCAAUUAAGUAUGAGAAAAGAAAUUGAGAACAUAAUGAAAAAGUAUUCGAGCGAGCUUAUUGGAGUAAAGGAAGAUAGAUCUGAUAAUAUAGUUAAUAAUUUUAUUAAAGAUAAACAAAUAAGAAGACAACUAGAGGUAUGUUGA